AUGGCGUCCAUCCCUUCUCCGACCCCUGGUGUUGUUGCUGCUCCAGAUGUUGCAUCUUCCUCUUCAACUCGUGAAGGAAUCAUUCCAGUCGUGCCUUCUUCAUCCUCUUCGGUUCAUCAGCAUCCUCCUCCACCUACCUCUUAUCCGAGAAGCUCUGCUUCUCCUGCCAGCAUUCAUGGUGGAUUCGGAGUUCCGUUUGCCUCUGUAGCACCCCCCUGUCAACCUUCUCAAAUGGAUUGUACCUACCACUUGGGAAUUGGAGACAACCCCAACUUUCUGAUUUCUCCUCAGAUUCUAACAGGUCAAGAAAAUUUCCAAUCAUGGAAGAGAGAUGCUUCCAUUUCCAUAGCUGCCAAGAACAAAACUCAGUUCAUAAAUGGGUCUCUGCCUCAACCCUCUCUGUCAGAUCCUUAUUUCCAUGCUUGGGUUCAAUGUAACAAUAUGGUUAUGGUUUGGAUAUUGCAAUCUGUUUCCCGUGAAAUUGCUGCCAGCAUAAUGUUUCAGGAUUCAGCCACUACUAUGUGGGAUGACCUUCAUGAAUGGUUCAACCAAGGCAAUGGCCCUAGGAUUUUUCAGCUCCAAACUUCUGUCCACACCAUCAAACAAGGAGACUCUGAUGUCAAUUCUUACUUUACCCAUCUCAAAACUAUUUGGGAUGAGCUCAUAGAAUUUCAGCCAAUUGUUCCUUGCUCAUGUGGCUGCAAAUGUGGUGAUGUUGAGAGACUUCUUGGAUACUAUCACAGAGAUCAAAUACUGCAGUUUCUUGCUGGGCUCAAUGACUCCUAUACUCCGGUGCAGGCUCAAAUUCUUCUCUGUGAUCCUCUUCCAUAUUUGUCCAAGGUCUUCUCCAUGGUGGCUCUAGAAGAGCGUCAAAGAAGUCUCGGCCACUCCACACCUUUCAUUGCUGCUGGUGGAGUUUCUAACACUUCAACCAAGCCCCCUACAUCAAGAUCAAAGAAACUAAGACCCAUGUAUUCUCACUGUCUCAAAUCGGGUCACCUGGUGGAAAAAUGUUUCUUUCUUCAUGGAUUUCCCCCUGGGUAUGGUGACAAGCGUCGUCAAGAUGAUGCUCUUAAACCCUCGGUUCAUCAAGCUUCCGCUUCCCCCGUCUUUGCUUCAAUUUUGGGAAAACUGCCUCUGCUGUCCCAAACUGAACUCAGCCAGCGCUUAUCUCUCUUCUAA